UCCUGUUUGGGACAGACAGCGGAAGAAGAGAGGAGGUUCCUCUCUUGUAUAUUAGAAGGAGAUGCCUAACAGCUACAUCAUCUGUAAUACCUGCACUUAACCGUACUAUUCUGAGUAUAUUAAGAGGUUUUAUUUCUGUCAGUAUUUAAUUGAUAAAUUAUUCUUCGGAAAGGAAGCUAACCGUCACAACAGACCUAAAGCAAAAUGAACGGAGCAGCCUUCCCUUCCCCUACGGCGGAGAUGGCGGAGAUGAACCGUAUCCAGUAUGAGCUGGAGUACACAGAGGGGAUCAGCCAAAGGAUGCGCAUCCCUGAGAUGCUCAAAGUGGCUCCUCACCCCCGCGAGGACCCUAAUCUUGGAUCUCAGGAGGUCCCCCACAGUGUCAUAAUGCAGGUCCCAGAGAGAAUUGUGAUUGCAGGGGACAGUAAUGAUCCCCAGUUUCAAAGACCCAGAGACCUUGACCUUAUCCAGUCAACACCACUAGAAACCCUAUCACUGAAGACUCCACCCAGAGUGCUCACCCUCAGUGAUCGGCCCCUGGACUUCCUGGAAGAGGAUCAGCGGGCGGCUCCAGACAGCGAGGAGGUGAUGCGGCCCCUUGCACGAGUACGACGGGAGCGUUCAGCCAGUGAGAAUGCAGCUGCCCGUCAUAGCACUCAGCUGAUGCGCAAUGACUCUGCUGCGACCCCGUCCCCCCCAGCCACUGUCCACCCUUGCCCCUCUCUCACCGUGACUGAAGAAGAACACAACCUGUACAGCGCUAGCGGUGUUCUAUCUUUCAUCCAGUCCACUACACGUCGGGCCUACCAGCAGGUCCUGGAGGUCUUGGAUGAGAACCCUCGCAGCAAACCAUCACUGCGAGGGGGGUCGGCUUCGAGCUCCAACCCCCUGCAUGACUCCAGGCUUGCGUUAACAACAUAUGAAGCUGCGCUGGACGGGGGGCCUGAUGACAUGACUGUGGUUGAUGCAACAACGCUUCGACGCCAGCUCAUCAAGUUGAACCGGAGACUCCAACAUUUGGAAGAGGAAAACAAGGAGCGUGCAAAGCGAGAGAUGAUCCUGUACUCGGUCACUGUAGCUUUCUGGCUCGUCAACACUUGGGUGUGGUUGCGACGUUAAUGCCGACCUGUAUUUCUGCCAUCACCGUGACAGAAGAACGUAUAUCCCUUAUUCUAUGUGUCAAAUUUUAGCUACUCGCUGCACUCAGUCCCUGUGUGAGGACAACCUUUACACGUGUGUACAAGGCCUGCUGUGCACAGGGCUUAUAUUUUGAUUUGGUUUAUUUAAUACAUGUACAGUUUUAUUUUUUUACUCUUAUUUCAUCCUGUCUAAUGUUUUCUCAUGUUUUUUGUUUUGUUUUUUUAUUACAGAUCUUCUUGCUCGAUGCUAAGCAUGACUUGUUGUAAAUAUUUGUUCACGUCACCUAAAGCUUUGGAAAGAUGUCGUCCAGAGAUACAGAAAAGCAUAGUUUACCGAGAGAAGUGGAGCUGCAGUGUGGAGAUGUAACAUGUUGAAUAUUUAUUGGGGAGAGAGUAAUAUGUGACUUGAACUGAGGAUUAAAAUACAAUUUAGGAAAACCAUACAUAUGA